GCGGAGUUCCACCUUCAGUCCCUCCUGUCCCUUUACACUGAUUCAUCCAUCAAAGCUUUCCAGUACCCACCCCUGACCACCACCACUACCACCCUGUCUGCAGAGUGGGUAUCGGCACCCUCUCCAGGGGGUGCCAGUGAGGAGCUGAGUGAAGCCUUGGAUAAGCCACUGGAAAAUGAUGCAGAGGGCGUGUGGAGUCCAGACAUUGAGCAGAGCUUUCAGGAGGCUCUGGCCAUCUACCCACCAUGUGGCCGUCGCAAGAUCAUCCUCUCUGAUGAGGGCAAGAUGUACGGAAGGAAUGAACUAAUAGCACGCUACAUCAAACUGAGAACAGGGAAGACACGAACAAGAAAACAGGUGUCCAGUCAUAUCCAGGUGCUAGCACGGAGAAAAGCUCGGGAGAUACAGGUGAAACUGAAGGACCAGGCAGCCAAAGACAAGGCUCUCCAAAGCAUGGCCAACAUGUCGUCCGCCCAGAUUAUUUCUCCGGCUGCUUUCCAGAACAAAAUGACCCUGCAGGGCCUCACACGGCCUGCAUACCCAACUGCUGGAGGGUUUUGGCAUGGAGCGCUUUCAGGUCAAGCAGCACCCACAGAGGACAUCAAACCAUUUUCACAACAGAACUACAUUAUGCAAGCCACAUGUCCUUCCAUCACAGGUUAUGAGAGUGCUUCAGGUCUGUCUAUGUCCCCUAGUGCCCCACCUUGGCAGGGUCGAAGUAUAGCCAGCUCCAAACUGCGUAUGUUGGAGUUUUCUGCCUUCCUGGAGCAACCGCAGGACCCAGAAAAUCAGUUUAACAAACACUUGUUUGUGCACAUCGGUCAGUCCAACCCGACCUAUUCUGACCCUUAUCUGGAAGCAGUGGACAUCCGGCAGAUCUUUGACAAGUUCCCCGAGAAGAAAGGAGGACUGAAGGAGCUGUUUGAGAAAGGACCUGCAAGUGCUUUCUUUCUUGUCAAGUUCUGGGCGGAUCUGAGCGUGAACCUCCACGAUGAAAGUAAUUUUUUCUAUGGCGUCUCAAGCCAGUAUGAGAGCUCUGAGAAUAUGAUCAUCACCUCCUCUACUAAAGUCUGCUCCUUCGGCAAGCAGGUGGUGGAGAAAGUGGAGACGGAGUACGCGCGGUUUGAGAACGGGCGAUAUGUAUUUAGAAUCCACAGAUCACCUCUCUGUGAAUAUAUGAUCAACUUUGUCCAUAAACUUAAACAUCUCCCAGAGAAAUAUAUGAUGAACAGUGUACUGGAGAAUUUUACUAUACUACAGGUUGUUACUAACAGGGACACUCUGGAAAUUUUGCUGUGUGUGGCUUACGUGUUUGAAGUGUCAACCAGUGAGCAUGGUGCCCAGCAUCACAUCUACAGACUGGUCAAAGACUGAUUUUGAGACUGUAACUGUACAACUACUACCUAUUACUACUACUAAAGCUCAAAGCACCACGACUUCCCCUACUGCUGUCCUACAGACCUCCAUGAUUUAGUCAGGGAAUACAAGCACAUCGACGGGUGAUCUACCGAUUCCACAACACAACUCCGACUCCCAGAGGCCUGAGCAGGAGAAACUUUUCUAGUGAACAUGACACAAUCAGAACGUUUGCUUCUUCUAGAAAGAUCAAAGUCAGAAUGCAAGUUGAGACAGGUGUUUUGUGUUCUGUUCUGUUUUCUUUUUUUCUAAUAUGGAAAAUACGAUUAGAAGGAAAUUGCAUGAAGAUGUUUUUCUUCCUUGAAUUGAAUGUAACUAAAGAGUUGUUUGUUAUGGUGUCAUUUCACACAGUGACUUGUGACAGACUGGAUGUCACCCAGUGAAGAGUUAAAUAUGCAUAUACACUUAUCUUGUUUUAGCCUCCAAGCUGCAUAUGUAAGGUAUUAUGCACUGAAAAAGCUGUGUAUGGCCAAAUUCUUUAUAAUAUUUAAUUUAAAUUGCAUCCUAGCAAUCUGUGUGACGAAAAUAGCAAUUACAUUGAGCAUUUAAAAACAGUGUGUAAGAUUUUCACAACUUCAGUUCAGGCAAGAGGAAAAAUACAGUCUGGAGAAAUGAAUUCAACCACUUUUAUUAUGUUUUUAUCAUAAGUUCAGGGCAUGUAUCCACAUCCGAUUUACACACAAUGCCAUUUGAUUUUUUUUACUAGCAAAGAUUUGCAAAAAAGUAAGUAUUUAUCAGAUUCAAAAGGUAAUUAAAAAUAGUACUCAGACACCAAAAUGUAUAACA